AUGUCUACUACUGCAUCACCCGAUAAUGUCGAUAAAUUGAUUGCCAAGCUGCCUGAAAUAUUUAAGAAAAGUAAUGGUUAUACUGAAUUGUUUGGAUAUGAAUUAGAUAAAAAAAACACACAGUAUUAUACAGAAGAUAUGACCAAGAAAUUGCUAACUAAACUAUUAAAAGCCUAUAAUAAUGAUAUUAACGAAACGAUUAAUCAUUUAAUCAAAAUUUUAAAAUGGAGACAGAAAUUUAAUCCAUUGAGUUGUGCCUUUAAAGAAAAGCAUUCUGAAAUUUUGGAAAAGGUUGGUAUUAUAACCAACUAUAAGGAUGGGACUGUUAUCACUUGGAAUUUAUACGGGGAAUUGUUGCAACAUAAAGACAAAAUUAUGAACAGCGAAGAUAAUUUAAACAAGUUCAUAAGAUACAGAGUCGGAUUGAUGGAAAGAGGAAUCAGACUAUUGUUUGCGAAUGAUAGCAGCCAAGAAUACAUGACUCAAAUACACGAUUAUAAAGGUGUUUCAAUGUGGCGAAUGGAAAGUAAAAUGAGGAAAACGGUCAAAGAUAUUGUUUUCAUUUUUGGUGAAUAUUAUCCUGAGUUUUUGGACCGUAAGUUUUUUGUUAAUGUACCAAGAACUUUAACUUGGGUUUACGAUAUUAUUAUUAAAUUUGUUUCUAAUGAAACUAAACAGAAAUUUGUAGUAUUAAACGAUGCUAAAAGUUUAGGAAGAUAUAUAAGUGAUGUUCCUAAUAAGACAUAUGGAGGUAAAUCUGAAUUAACUUUGACUCAGCAAUGUGUUCCUGAAUCAAAAAUUAGACCUACUCCAUAUGCUUUAAGUUUAUUUGAAUAUGAAAUUAUAAACGAAGUUGAAUAA